AAAAUAAAAUUAAUUUGAAUCUCAACCUUUUGCGCAUGCGUAGAUAUGUCUCGCGGGCUCCUACGCAAACUUCUUGGCAUUUUUGAAGCCAAAACGAUUCCCAUUACGUCCUGUUCUGUCCUGCUCUGUUUGGCUGCCCUGCUAAGGAUGGACGGGAAAGGACUAGUGUCCUUUAUAAUAAUAAUACUGCUCUGCCUUAGACUGACCUCCUGUCUGUUGACUGAUACCUCAAGAGAAGAAGAUUCUGAAAGCGAGGGAUUCUCUGCCAUUGAUAAAGAAAUAAGCAAGAGACUCAGAUAUUCUUCUUUGGAUCGCAUCACCUUAUCAACUGGUCAGGAAAGGAAAGGCUCAUCCUCUCAUCCUUUGAAUCUCAGUUCCUCCUGCAGUGUCUAUAGCUCAUCCACUGACUGUGUCUUCAAUGUCACUAAUAACAAUAAUCACAAGCAGUACCUUAUACUCACUCGUGAUACUCCACUAGAAGGAAUCCUCUCUGAGUUUCUAACAGUGAAGCUUGGUAGUAAAAGAUUACCAUAUAAGGGAUUGUAUCUAAGAAGAAUGAGACCUGCAGAGGAUGAAUGGACUAUGAUACAACCGAAUGAAGUUAUAUCAGUCAGUGUGGACAUUAGCAGUGUUUAUGAUAUGAAGGCUCCUGGUACAUAUACAAUAGUGUACACUGGAUCUCUUCUAUAUAAACAUACUGAUGGCUUGAUGCAACAAUCAACUGUCACCUACCGGUUUGCACCAAAAGCUACAACUGCAGUACACGUUCAAAGAAGAAAUGGAGCAGCUCUUAAAACAGUAGGGGAUAUAGUAGAGGAGUAUUCUACUGGUAGAAUCAGAUGUAUUGAUGUAUAUAGAGGAGUCUGUAAACCUUUAUUUGAUGGGUUUGGAUCUCUAGCAGCUAAUGUUGCCAAUACACUGCAAGUACAUAAAACAGUGUACACAUAUCUUGAUCCAGCCAUAGCAUCAGUUGACAGGGACCACUCACACUAUGUGAGGUGGUUUGGAGCAAGGAGUACAAGGAAUGUGGAGAGAGUUAGGAAUAUAUUUAAAGACAUAAAGACAGCAAUAACAUCAGGGCCAUUCAUGUAUCAUUAUGAUGGACACCACUGUCUUAAGAGAGUACUGGCAUACACUUGGCAUAGGUCCAGACUGAUUGUACUCUGUCCCAUCCAGUAUAAGUUACCAUACAUUAUACAUCCUUACUCUCAGCUCAAUACUCUCCUCCACGAGAUGACUCAUGCUGUGGGGUACACUAUUGAUAUUGCUUAUGGAGUGAGGAAGUGUCUCUCAUUAGCUAAGCAGAGUCCUUCAAGGGCAGUGGAGAAUGCAGCCAACUAUGGACUGUAUUUCAUAACAGUCCUACCAGUGGAGUAUGGGAUUGAUAGUGCUGGUAGUUAUGGAGAGUACAGAUACAUCACUCGUGGUACAGUUUAUGUCAAGUACUUGAAUGGGGAGCUAUUGUGUAAUUAUCCUAAACUGAUAAAGCACCAUUGGGGGUCCAUACCCAGUAAAUUUGAAGAUGGUUUUGAUACGAUUCUAUUUCUAUCAGACGGUAGUAUGUACGCUACAGCUGGUGAUCAGUACAUUCACUACAAGUCGAUGAGCGAUGAUUCACCUACUUCUGGUCAUAUUAAUAAACUGAUUCGUAACCUUCCUACCUCGUUUAAGAGUGGGUUUGAUUCCGCUGCCUUACUUCAUGACAAAAAGUUUUAUUUCUCACGUUCGUCUAUGUACAUUCGUCUAUCCAACGGAUUACCAGGGACAGUGGACACUGGAUACCCCCGGCAGCUCCAGGGACAGUGGGGGCAGCUAACGGAUCAGUUUAAUGAACGCUUGGACGCCAUGGACUCACAUGAGGGAAGGGUGUGUCUCUUUAAAAAUGAAAAGUUUAUUUGCUUUGAUUCUACGAAAUAUUCCAUCCCAAAUGGAAAGUUAAGGAAAACUCCACAAGAGCUUUAUCAUCAUAUUGGGUCAAUCAGUCAGUGUUAGUACGAGUAAUUAAUUAUUAUUAAUUAUUGCUAUUUUUAUUAUGUGCAAUUUCUGAUUAGAUGUCUUUGCAAUAAAUUAAUGAUUUUCUAUAAUUAUAAAAAAUAACGUCUAUUAAACAAUAA